UAGGCUUCAAAAAAUAUAAGCUAUCUUUAUGGUUAUUAAUAGUCAUUAUAUACUUUGUUGGAAGAAAAAAUAAACUAUUCUAAGUAGAAAACUAGGCGAAAAUCUCACUUUAUUUUAUAAAAAAUAUGUUUACAGUUUCUAAACACAACUAUUAACAUAAAAUAGUGAAAAUGUCGCACAAACCUACACCCUAUUCGCCGAAUUUCCCUCAGAGUCAAGGAUAUGCUCCACCGCCAGAAGGCAAAGCUGAAAGCUAUCCUAUGAAUCCGCAAGGUGGCUAUCCUGGUCCACCACCGGGACCACAACUUCCACCUGGAGCCCAACCACUGCCAGGAAUGCAGCCUGGCUUCCAACCUGGCUUCCAGCCUGGAUUUCAACCAGGUUUUGCUCCAGGAUACCCUCAUCCUCAACCUGGGUAUCCACAAUCGGGCUACCCACAACCAGGAUAUGGUCCUGUAGUUCAACAGCCAGGACCGCAGGUGCCACCAGGUGGGUGGAUGAGUGUUCCACAAGGGCUCACCAAUUGUCCACCAGGAUUGGAAUACCUUUCUAUGAUUGAUGGGUUACUGGUACAUCAAAAAGUUGAACUAUUGGAGGCCUUUGUGGGUUUUGAAACCAAUAACAAGUACACUGUAAAAAAUAGUGUAGGGCAAAAAGUGUACUAUGCUGUUGAAGACAAUGAUUGCUGCACUAGAAUGUGCUGUGGGCCCAUGAGACCAUUUGAUAUGAAAAUUAUGGAUAACUUCAGAAAUGAGGUGAUCCAUUUAAAUCGUCCAUUGGCGUGUGACUCUUGCUGGUGCCCAUGCUGGCUGCAAAGCAUGGAGGUUUCAGCUCCACCGGGCACUGUCAUCGGCUCAAUUGAGCAAGAAUGGUCUAUAUGUAAACCCUGCUACAGCAUCAAAAAUGCAGCUGGUGAUGUUGUUCUUAGAAUAAAAGGGCCUAUCUGCACUUUCUCGAUUUGUGGAGAUGUCGAGUUUCACGUAUACUCCAAGGAUGGUGAAACCAAAGUUGGCAAGAUUACGAAGCAGUGGUCGGGAUUAGCGCGUGAAGCUUUUACCGAUUCCGACUAUUUUGGAAUAACCUUCCCAAUGGAUCUGGAUGUGAAAAUAAAGGCAGUCCUUCUUGGAGCAUGUUUCCUCAUUGAUUUUAUGUUCUUUGAGAAGUCUGGUAACCAGGAGAGUGACCGUCCGGGCAUGCUUUAAAAUGAAAAAGCUUGUUCAUCACACGUUUGAAGAGCUAUACUGUCAACAUAUGAAGUAACAUUUUACAAUACUAUAUUUUGAUUACGUUUUUAUUUUUUGGAUAAAUAUUUACUUUUGGAUUACCUAUUACUUGUUAAUUUUUAUGUGUUUUAUAGUUUUAAGAAUCUCUAAUUUUGUAUUUUUAUACUAACAAUUAUUUUAAGCUAGUGGCGCCGUGAAGUUAAUACUAGGUACUGAGUACGCACAAGUCGUCAUACUCAAAUCGAAUGCAAAAGCUAUUUACAUAGCUAUUGUAAUGUAUUCUUUCCCAGAGAAUUUAAGUUAAGUUAUAAGAAUUUGAGCUGUGCAUAAGUUUUGAAUAACGUGUUAAUGCCACAAGAGUUCCUUUGUCUUUAAUACAUAUUAAAGACUUAAAUGGAAACUUAAGCACACAAUCACGACGUAUCACGACGCCACUUAAAUAUCUGCAUGCGUGUUUAUACUUUUGAUUUUGAAUCACGAUAAACACACUAAUCCUAAAAAAAUAAGUGUAAAAUUUAUAUUUUGCUUAUGGUAUUUUAUAUUUGAUAAAAAUAAUUUUAUGCAUUACUUAUGAAGUUAUGAUUAUUAGAACUAUCUCGAAUAUAACUUGUCUGAUUUGGUUAGAAAAAUUGUAAUGUUAGUCCACGAAUUGAGUAUUUGAAUUAUUAUGAGAGUCAGCAGAAUUGUUUUAUAUUGUUCAUUCAUUUAUGGUCCAAUGAUGUGGGGUAAAUGUCAAAUCAAAGUAAUUUUUCCUAAAUCUGCAACAAAGUUGUUUUCUAAUUGUCUGCAGCAUAAAUUUAAGCACAAAUUAAUGUAUUUUACGUUUUAUGAAUGAUACAAUUUAUCAUAUUUAUAAUUUUGGGAAAGCGUCUUUACUACAUGCUUUUGUUGUUCUAGUCUAUUGUGCAUUUUAUGUUAUUGUCAUUGUGAUAGGAAACUGGUUGAAGCAGUUGUUAAAUCACUCGUCUAGUUUUAUACUUUAAGGGCUUUCAACUUAUGCGUUUCAACAGUUGCCGCACCGCUUCGGCACCGCAGCAGCAGCAUUGAAGCAGUGCACAACUCGCGCGCUCGCCGCUUUGCCUAUCCUGGCUGUUUGAUUGAAUGACUGUUUUAACCAUUUAUCUGGGAUAUUUACAUACUGAUAUUUGUUGUUUUGGUUUUCGCUUGGCGUAUCCAUGUUAGGUAUAUAUUUUAACUUAUUAUUAUUAUAAUGAUGUUAAUUUUUUAUACAGUUUGUAUCCUGUCUAACGCUUAUGAAUUUACAUCAAUGCGGUUGUUAACACAGCCCCUUGUAGAAAUUUUGGUUUAUAUUAGGUAUGUAUCUGUUGAAAAAAAUCCUAUGAAUUUUGGGAGACUAAAACAAAACUAAACUCAUAUUAACCAUCUGCAAUAUGAACAGGUGCUAAUUAUAAAAAAAUCCUCUUUUACGUAGAAAACCGAAGAAUAAUUAUUACUGCUAUACUGUAUUAUGUAUUAACAUUACGUAGACAACUUGUAUACAUGUUUCUAUGUACUUACGUAAUUUUUUGAUUCAAAUAUAUAAUAAUAACUAAUAUAAGCGUAUACCUUUUGGAGAUCGAAUCUAAAAUUGAAUUAUUAUUCUUAAAGAUUUAUUUAUAUGUGAGUAAUAAUGACGCAAAAUUAAUAUAUUAAUGAUGCAUUAUAA